AUGAUCGCCGUCAUUCUCCGCCGCACCACAUGUGCCAUGCUCUUCUCCCCCGACCCAAUCCAGCUCUUUGAAGCCACCUCUGCCGAGCUGCUGCCGCUGCUCGAAAUACAUACACUCUCUACCCUGCAACCUCCCCAACAACAGAUCAUUCCCGCUUCACCUCCCAACCAGCCCUUCCUCACCCUCCACUGGUACCCCCAAUCAUCCAGGCCCUCCCUCACUCAAUGCCAGCUCCACUGA